GGUCACUCAUCAGACCACUUUGUCCGGGUUUGGGUCUCCGUGCAAGACUGCUGAAAACCACCUCUCAGCUUUUCUUUCACCCGCGAGGCCACAAGGAAGCGAGCAGAGUCCGCGCACGGCAGCUCCACUCACAACAAGUGCAGCAAACCUUUGAAAGUGUCUUUUCUUGUAGAACCAUCCGCGCCCUGCACCACCAUGUCUGGAGAAGACGCACCUGUCCAGCAGCAGAACGCAGUGGACCAGAAGCAGGAGACCAAACCCGCCGAGGAGCCCAAACCCGAGCCGCCCAAGACGGAGUCGGAGCCCGCGGGCGCCGCGGAGGCAGCGGCGGCCCCGGCGGCCGCGGCCCCCGAGGAGGAGACGUUCACGUACCGCGCGCUCGUGCUCACCGGCUACGGGGGCUACGAUAAAGUGAAGCUGCAGGUGAAGAAGGGCAAGCCGGUGCUGAAAGCUGGAGAGGUUCUGGUCCGGGUCAAAGCCUGCGGGCUCAACUUCGCAGACCUGAUGGCCAGACAGGGGCUGUACGACCGGCUGCCGUCCCCCCCGGUCACCCCGGGGAUGGAGUGCUCCGGGGUGGUGGAGGCUGUGGGGGAGGAAGUGACUGACAGGAAAGUCGGCGAUAAGGUGAUGGCGUUGAGCCGCUUUGGGAUGUGGCAGGAGGUGGCCGUGGUUCCAGCCGGCCACACCUUCCUCAUCCCCGAGGGGAUGAGUUUUGAGGAGGCGGCAGCGUUCCCCGUCAACUACAUCACCGCCUACAUGAUGCUGUUUGACUUCGGCAACCUUCGGCCCAGCCAGAGCGUCCUGAUCCACGCCGCUGCAGGCGGCGUGGGCAUUGCAGCCACUCAGCUGUGCAAGACGGUGAAGGACGUGACCGUGUUCGGCACUGCAUCGGCCAGCAAACAUGAGACCAUCAGCCAGGGCGGAGUCACGCAUGCCAUCGACUAUCGCACCAAGGACUACGUGGAGGAAGUCCGCAAGAUCAGUCCGAAAGGGUUGGACAUCAUACUGGACCCUCUCGGAGGAUCGGACACCCACAAGGCCUACAAUCUGCUGAAGCCUAUGGGGAAACUCAUCACUUAUGGUGCAGCCAACAUGCUAGCUGGUCAGAGGAAGAACCUCAUCGCCGUGGCUAAGAACUGGUACCACCAGUUCUCCAUCCACACGCUCAGCCUGAUCCAGGGGAACAAGUCGGUGUGCGGAUUUCACCUCGGUUACCUGGACGGGGAGACGGAGCUCAUCACCCAGGCCAUGAACACCAUCCUGGAUUUGUACAAGGAGGGCAAAAUCAAACCCUGCAUCGACUCCACAUGGCAUCUGGAGCAGGUCAGCGACGCCAUGAGGAAAAUGCAGGAGAGGAACAACAUCGGCAAGGUGGUCCUCACCACGGAGCCCAUGCCCGAGGAGGAGAAGAAGGAGGAGGCCAAGAAGGAGGCCAAGAAGGAGGAUAAGAAGGAGGACAAGAAGAAGGAGGACAAGAAGAAAGAGGACAAGAAGAAGGACGAUGGCAAGAAGGAGGAGAAGAAGGACGACAAGAAGAAAGAGGAGCCCAAGAAGGAGGAGAAAGAGGAGGAGAAGAAGGAAGAGGUCAAGAAGGAGGAGAAGUGAAGGGGGGAGGGUUAGUUGAGCAGACCGGCAGGGAGUUCUGGGAGCGGGGGGAGGUGGUUGGGGGAGGAGCGGGAGCAAAGAUGGGAAGGAGUUGGGAUAGAUUUGAAAUUGAUCGCACCAUUCUCCGUCUUACAUCUCCCCUCUGCCUCGUUUAUCAAGCACACAGUGAUAACUCAGGCCUGGCUCCGCCCACUCCCCCCCCCCCCCCCCCCCACACACUUUUGUUUUUUUUAACCCACCCUAAAAAAUUCCAACCUUUCAGCCUCGUAAGCUCUAAUCUUGUCUCCCACCUCUUUUUCCGCUAAUCGAUUUUUGCUGUUGGGAAUCAAAAUGACAGAGAGUGGGUGGAGGAUGGU